AACAAAAAGUUUCUUCUUGUGAAAACAAAAUAAAAUAACAAGAUACAAAGUACUCAGGUUUGUUAUUCACGCCAAUUCAUGCAUAAAGUGUCUAAUACAAUGUUUCAAAAAAUAAAAUAAAAAUGAGAGUGUUGGCAAUAAAAAAAUUUCAACACAAAAGCCAUCCAUAAAAAUUAAUUACCUAUCAAUAAAGUGCAAAGGAUGCGUCGUUAUGGAAAUGGAUUAAUAAAGUUUACAAGUACGAGACAUAAUAACAUAUUACAUGGCAUCGCUCAUAAGAGCCCUUUCGUGGCCUCUUAUAACAACAACACCUCUCGAAUCAAAUGAGAAGCAUUCCAAUGGGAGCAAUAAUCUGUCUAAUGGUAAAAAUGGAAAAAAUGCACCGACAUUUCAACAACUCAUGGCUGCACGUCGCCUCAUCUGUCGACGCUAUUAUCCCGAGGCUGGAUUUGGUUGGAUAGUUAUGUUUGUUGGAUUAAUUGUUAAUACAUUUACGCAUGGAUUACAACUAUCCGCAAUUUUCUUCCUCCUACCUGCCGUCAUUCGUUUUCAAGCUGAUGAAGUUGACUGUCUCGGAUAUCAACAGAUCAUAAUGUCAAUCUCAUCAGAAAGCUCGAGGCAGACAGCCACGUUGCCUAGACAAGAUACAACAGUGACUGUAAGCAGUCUCAGUACAUCAUAUACUUACUUAGAGACUGGCGAUUCAUACUCGUCGACUUUGAAGUCCAAUAAAAAUUGCAAUAACAAUAAACGUAAAAAUAAAAAUGACAAAAAAAAGUAUCGAUCACAUUCCAAUGAGAAUUUUCAGAAUUUGACAUCAUGUGAUCCUAAAACAUUAGAGACAUUAAGAACUCAUUAUUAUCCGGAAGAGCAGUGUUGGAGUUACGUUAUUGUUAUAAUUGCAUCUUUUGUUCAAAUUUUCGAUCAUGGAUUACACAUUUCUUAUGGACCACUACUAGUCAUAAUAUUAAAUGUCUUUGGAACUUCAAACGAUGUUAACUUACCGCUUUCAGGUGAAUAA